GCACUCUACACACGGAAUCUGGUAAACAACAUCGGAGAAUUUCAAAACAACAAAUAAGCUUUACUCUCCGCCACCAAGUGACGACUGUUUAUAAUUAUGUUGCUUGUUUGGGUCUUCGUUUUUGUUUCCGGGUUUGUCUGGCUGGCCGAUGGGUCUUGUUUCUUUAUGCAGCAACCUCCGAGAAAUUUAAACGGCUGCGUAGAUAAAACAGGUCAAGUGAUUGGCUUUAAUGAAACAAGGUUCGACUACGACGAGUGUUUUUAUUGUUACUGUGGACGUGGCGCAUUACAUUGUUGUGGGCUUGGCUACAACGCGGGAGUCAUGGAAAGAGAAGGAUGUACGUUGAAGAGACUUGCUCGCUGUGAUUUUAUGUUUGUCAGUAAAGAAGAUGGCGUGUCAGAAUGUACGCAUUAGAUGGUUACAUAAAAAUGGACUAGAACUUUGUAAGAACGGAGUAGUAUAAAUUCAAAUCUCAUUCAUACACUCAUUAAAGAAAAUGAUAAAGUAA